AACACCCUUCCGCCUCCGGUCUGUUCCCCUCGUUGUCAGUGCUUCUGUCGUUACAACGCACGAUAGCAAGAUGAGCGGAGCAAACGGUAAAACUGGUCCUUCCUCCGGUGUAAUGGAGUGGAUCGGUUCAGCUUGUCGGUUUGCAACGGACAGAAACGACUUCAGAAGGAAUCUACUGGUCAACCUGGGCUUGUUUGCAGCUGGUGUUUGGGUCGCAAGAAAUCUCUCCGAUUUUGACCUGAUGUCUCCUCAGCCUGUGACAUAACGUAUUAAAAAUACAUCACCAAUUAAACCUGGAUAAUGGUGUCUUAGACCAACAAAGAAGAAUCAAGGGUUGUGAAUGAAUGACUUUUGUUUGACUUUGAAAACAAAUCAUGCUGGUGACCCAAAUCACCUUAAUUUUUCUAGAGAACAUUUUUGUUCAUGUCAUUGUAGGCGGCCGGAAGAGAAAUAAUUGCAUUGAAUUAGUGUCUCCGUUCUUAUUGUUUUUGUCCCAUAUUUUUUUUGAAAUAACUCAAAUCCGAUAUUCUGUGAUUUCUCCAGCUAUGUCCACUCGGGAGCUCUUUAUUGCUGCAGCUCGUAAGUGUUUGUCUGCUGGUAGAAAAUCUCUCUCCGUCCCUCAGAGUCUGGAUCUGGCUGCUCAGAUCUCAGCGGUUGAUUUGGGAUUGAAACCGGCUUUAUUAUACGAUAGCAACAGCGCCGGUGCAGAUCAGGUGCAGCAGUAUUUGAGCUCCUUGCAGUCUUCCCAGCUUGUGUCUAAAUCACUUCUCACACUGGAUUUAAAUGGAAACACUCUUAUUGUUAAUACACUUACAGUCCGAUCAAAUGUAGAACAGCUGCUUCAUGAUAACAAUGUAGCGGUUAUUGAUGUCUGCCACACGUUAGAGAAGCCCGCCAUCGCUGACCCGCUCAGAGGAGAGACAAAGAGCAUGACACAAGAUUUACUGCUUCUCUUGAGCGGGCUUGAACAACUGAAAGAGGCAGAAAAAACAUAUUAUGUUGCAGAGAAGUCAGAUGAGUGGAACCUUUGCACGGUGUUUGGUCUUUUGUUGGGUUUCCCUGUCACUUACUGGUUUGAUCAGACCAAGAGCUUUGAAAACUGUCUGUCUAUGACUCCCCUGAUCGUAACUACAGCUUCAGCAACAUGGCAGGCAGACUCCGCAGGUCACAGAUGUUGUCUGUACUCCUUCAGCUUCCCGGAUGUUCUGCUAAAAGCAGUGCAGUCCAACCUGGAACACUGGAGGCUUUGUUUACGAGAAAGAUUUAAGCAGCAACAUGUCCUCAAGGAUCUUACAUUUUGUCAAUCCAAAGUCACUCUGCCCUCAGUCUGUUUGUGAUGCUCACAUCAAAUGUGUCUUUAAAUAAACUGUUAAAGAAU